GACUGCUCAGAUCAGAUCUACCAAGGGAGCAGCAGAUGGAGAUGGGCCCGUUGCUGGUCAGGCUGUUUCGGUAUCCCCUUCCAGAUCUGCCCAAAGUUGUGGGAAGGAUCAAAACUACCACACGUCCCUCCCUCCCCCAGCUCUGAAGAGCAACCCUCUCUCAGCCAGUUUGUGUAUUUCUCUUUCUAAAGUUGAAGACAAUGGACAAGGGAGAGGAAGAUGCUGCCAUGGAAGAAAAAGCACGCAGUGUCAUUGCAAAUGUGAUAAGCAGUGCAAAACAACAUCUUCUAGAUUUGCAAAAAAAAGGGAAAGGUAGUGAGCUUGCUUUAUUUGCAGUGUCUUGGCAUCUGUCAGAGCCUUCCCAGAUGGCUUUUUCAGCAUUUUAUCUGUUUUCAGAAACUGAAUAUGUCAUCAAGAAUAUUCAGUGGACCACAUGCAAGAACUUCACAGUGGAGAGAGGAAAGCAGCAGAUUGAAGAAUACAUUUCUACAUGGGAGUUUCAUGAGAGCUGGCUUCACUGGUCGGAGUUUCUCCAGGAAGAGGAGCUGAAGUAUAGCAAGAGGUACCAUUACAGAGUGUGCUGGAGCGUCCCAACACGCAGAAAACCCAUCCCACGAGCCACGGCAAGCGUCUAUUUCAUUAUAGAGAUCUCCAAAAUCAAACCAGCUACCUUGCCCGUGGAGGUAUUCUUUGUACUGGAAUCGAGCAGGCUGAUUCACAGGCCAGGACAGUGUCGAUUUAGAGAAAAGUGGCUUAAAGACAUCAUUGAAAAUAAAAUCACCCUCAUGGAAAGCCUUACUUCCUAACGAACAGCUCCAACUCACUGUCACCAGUGCGAUGUCUGUCAGUAUUUUAUG